AUGGGUAAUUGCUUCAAUUAAGAUGAGAAUAGCAAAACAUCCAUUAAAUCACUAAAGAAGGUAGAUUAUAUGUAGUCUCAGUCCCCUAAGGACUUGGAUGCAAGUAAAAUCACUUUAAAGGACUUUCUAAGUUAAGGUUAGAUAGGAAGGGGCUAAUUUGGAAGGGUUUUAAAAGUUAAAAUGAAGAGCAACAAUUAAGAAUACGCUAUGAAAGUUAUUAAAAAGUCGGACAUCAUUCAAUAUGGGUUGGUGGAACAUACGAUGCUUGAAAAGAGUGUGCUAAUUAGAAGCCAAAACCCUUUUGUUGUCAAGCUAAAAUACUCUUUCUAAACAGAUUAAAAACUCUAUUUUGUAAUGGAAUUAGUGACUGGAGGUCAACUUGCCAAAGUUCUUGGUAGGUAGCGAGAGAAACGAUUCACACAAUUUUAAGCCUAGUUUUGUGCCGCUGAGAUAGUUCUUGCAUUAUAAUACAUCCACGAGACCUUGAAGGUCAUAUACAGAGAUUUAAAACCGGAUAACGUUUUGGUUACUUCAGAUGGCCAUCUGAAAUUAACAGAUUUCGGAUUAUCGAAGUAAUAUGACUCUUAGGACAUGAAAUUCUUUACCUUUGUCGGAACCCCAGAAUACAUAGCACCAGAAAUUUUGUUGAAGUCUGGGCACAAUUCGUCAGUUGAUUGGUGGAGCCUAGGGAUACUGUUGUAUGAAAUGCUUGUAGGUUACACGCCCUUCAGAGAUAGAUCUAAUAAUUUAAGGGUGAUAGAGAAUAAAAUUAUAUAAAACGAAUUAGUAUUUCCUGAUUUUAUAUCCACUGAAGCAAAGGAUUUUAUUUCUCAACUCUUGAAUAAGGAUCCUUAUUAACGUUUAGAUCCAUAGAUUAAAUAAAGAACCAUUUAUUUUUUUCUUAAAUUAAUUGGGAGGAUAUUUAUAAUUUAAAAGUAAAAUCACCAAUUUUACAAAGUGUUACUAAGAUAUUGGAAUAGCAAUAAACAGAAUGCAAAGUUGCUCCCAAGAAAAUAUUUGAAACUCCUCAAUCCCAAAUAGGAUAAGCUGAUUGCUAAUUUGAAGGUUUUUCAGUUGAUCGUGAUGAAUUUUGAAAUAUAUUUAGAGUUUUUAAAAUUUCUUUCUUGUUUUCAAGCAUAAUUUUUAUAUUUUGAAUUUAUAUUAAUAGAUUUCAUGCGGCUGAGUAUAAAGAAAAUAUGA